GGAUCAGAAGCAGUAACAGCAACCGUCAUUUUCCUGUGAAACUAACAGAGCGGUCCUUUCCCUACGGAACUCUCCAAACAGAGCUAUGCGCUCGCGGGAGGAAGAGGGAAGGAGGGUGAGAUGAGGUCGGCAGACAUGUGGACCUGCCCUGAGACCAGGCUCGAAGAGGAGAUGUUGGCACCCAGGACAUCUGCGCAGCUGCCGCCCCUGACAAACGAAACCCGGGAGUGGCUGGCUGAGUCCGAGACGAUCGUCGUCAUGGAACCGUCCCUUCUAUUCUGCGCCGCCCCAAACACCGGCUCGUUGCAGUUCAGGAUGCUCGCGAAACGGAUGCAGGGCAUCCCGCACUGGUCGACGUCCAACAACCGGUCUCUGCUGUUCGAUCGAGAGGCCUCGGAAUUGGAACUUCUUGACACGACGGACGGGCAGUUGAUGAAGGAGAUCUACUCAGAAAACGGGUCCGGCUGGAUCAAGAUCGCGGUCGUGCGCGACCCGGUGACCCGACUGCUGUCGUCCUACCUCGACCUUGUUGACACUUGGCGAGCACGCCUGAUACUACAAUGGCAACCGCCAGCUAAUGACACGCAGAGUUCCGAUCACAACCGACGAUGGUUGUGGCAGUGGUGGCCCGAGACAGAGCCUACGGAUGAAGUCCUCCAACGCGGGCGAGGCGGGGGGAUUAAGGAAGACGGCGACGACCACCACCGAGAACACUCCACCGCGGGGACCUACGCCGUGCGUGAUGGCAGCGAUGCGGUUCGAAUUCCGACUUUGGUGGAGGUGCUGGAAGCCCUCAAGACCGACGUUUGGAGCGCCCCCGUGGCGUUCCGACCGGUGUCUAGCCUGUGUGGCCAACGCAGCUCUCCCUUCGACAGCGUCAUUCCCUUCGAGAGGCUGCAGAAAACCUCAACUGAGGUCGUCAAGUCUCUCCCAGGAGACAUCUGGGAGGCGUUCGGGAAGUCGGGGUGGGGACCCGACGGGAAACAUGCCUUUAUGGACUUCGACUAUGGUCGGGGCGCAUGGAGGGGAGAGGCAACCAGCGGAAGAGGAGGCGAAGCAGUCGGUGGUGGAACACAAACAGCGGAAGGGAACGACAUGGGCGACCCCUUCCCGCGACACGCGCGCGACCUUUUCGAGGGGGAGAACCCGUGCGCGUGGACGGAGUACUAUUCCGAUCUGGAAAUCCUCGACGCAGUUGGCGUGGUAUACGAAAUGGACUAUACUCAUUACCGCUGGUACCGGCUCGACGUGUGGAAGGGAAAAUUAAAUGAUUGUUUGGGUCAUUAACGUGGCGGGGAGGUGGUCGACGAGAGCGGGGAUAUGUGUCAAUGACAUUUCCAACUUGUUCGGGGUGAUCUUGACCGAAACCGCAACCUCCAGCGCAGGUACAAGAUUCAUUGUCGCCGCGCGCUGAACGAAUCUGUCGUACUAUCGCAGAAACAUGUUUUUGUUGCGUUCAUGGUCAGUUGAAGCGUCAGGUCCCCGACAAAAUGCCGGCAUGGCUUCCUCUUGCCAAUUGUACCACUGCAGCACCUACGCAUUGAGUAUAUUGAACCCUAAUGUACGCUCACGUGUGGUUGAGUGUCUCCAAUGUGUUCUGUGUGUAGGAGUCUGCUGAAGCAGUAGGUAAAGUCGUUGGGUAGGGCAGUUUGCUUGCACUACUCUUUGAGGAGAAUAGGGAGAGACGGUGCACGAAAUAGCUAGGAGCGAGAUAAGGACAAGACACAAGUCCAACAGUCACACAUGUAUGGUGAGGGGCAAGUAGAAGACGUACGUUCGUGAGUGUACGGGGACUACAUGUUAUGAUAGCGCGUAUUCCCGACGACUGCAAGGCAGAAAUAUCUUUUCGGGCGGAUGUUGCCGUCAGUUGCGCAUAUCGAGAGCCGCACGACUGCACGAGAACGCUAAGAAUUGGUAGUUCACCGUCAUUGCCCAGCGAAGAGGUUGAUGUGCACCCAGGGAUGGUGUAGUGAUAUUGUUCUUUGUCAACACAUCUAUCCAUGGGUUUGGUGUUUUUGUGAACCGUCCUCAUACAUGACGGUAUAUUGAGUUCGAGUAAUUUUCGGAACCCGAAGGAGUUCAUUCUAGGCGUAAUACCUCCCUCAUCGUCAUGUUGGAUGUUCCGGCGGUCUUGCUCCAGACUUGUUUGUUUGGGAUUAGGGGCUCGCCACCUUAAGGGCUUAUCAUCUCAAGGGCUCAACGUCUAAGGGGCUCGCCGAAUUCGAGGAGGGAAGAAAUAGGCCCUAUCUACCAGGGGCUCAAGUUUCAAGGUGCAACCUCCCGAAUUUUCCAUCUUCGUCGACCAGCACGAGGUCUUAGAUCACCGAUUGACGAUCUGCUGGCUUGUAAGGAGCAAGGAAGUAGACCAAUCUUCAUCACACCGGUUAGGUCGUGCUCCAACAGCAGAUGGCCGUGCUUCACUGGUAUAAGUACACGAAAACCAUGUUGGGAUGUAACCUCGUGAUGGGUGUAUCCCUGGAUGUGGCAAGCACUGUGUAGAAACAGUGUGCAGAGGCUCACGUGUGACUGUUAAGUACACUUGUGUAAAGACCAGAUUGAUGAUUUGAAGUGGCUCUUAGUUGGCCGAAAGGUAAGGAAAAGAAGAAGAGUGAUCGAGAGGGGGCGAGCACCACAGGGGGCGAGCCUCCAAGUUAUCACAGAAAGAUGCACACACACGGGUCAUUUCAACAUCCCGCUUUCUAGAAAUAGGCGGCUAGUCCGACCUCUAGAACGGAUCUAGAAAUGAUAUGCGUAAGUGCAUAAUCUACAGAAUUCUCCAUAGCUGUGUAUAAUCUACCGAAUUCUCUUACGGUUAUUACCUACGUGCUGUGCUUACAGCAGUACAAAAAUCAAUGACUGACAUUGAAUAUACCAACACUCCCCCGCAAUGGAAAGUCCAUUCAAAGAACAUAUGUACGCUUACAUGUACGAAUUUAGGAAAGAUAAUCAAAGAAAUGAUCAGCACUAAAUUCAAUUCAAGAAUGAUGCAGCUAUACUGCUGUGUAGGCUAAUCAAUUCUGAAACAGCGAGAGAUUCUGCUGUACGUAUUUACCAAGCAAUAAACACUCAGAGGAGAUACGAAGAGAAGAACAAUACAUGUUCAUACCAAUACUUAAUAAUUAAUGCAGCUUGGUGCAUGUUUACGUUGGCUAUAGUCUACUGCCGUAGAAGCAGUGCUUGGUUUGGCUAAACUGCUGCAGAGGCCGUGUUUGUAUUACUUGCAAGCAAACUCAAUUACCAGAGAUAAAACUACUACUACUGUGAAGCAGUGUUUAGAACAUAGUGCUUAGAAUGCAAAACAAGGAAAAAUCACCAAUCAGCUAUAGUGCCUAUAAGGUCUCGCCCGUAGGUCUGCCUGUUUGGAACGUUCGUUGAAAGCCUAGUUUAGCUAUGAUACCACAUCGUAUACUCUGCUUGACAGUCCGAAAUCAAACUCUGAAUCUACGUCGCGAGCCCAUCCUCUUAAAGGAAAGUUGAAGACCUUGGAGUCCAGGACGAACAUGAGGUCGUUUGCGCAGGGCUGCUGGUGACUGCUGAUGGUCUGCUGCGGUGGUGCCGCUGGCUUGUGCAGUAUGAGUCCAUGAUGGUCAUGAAGUAGAAGGUGAAGAAGGCUGAGAUCCGCUGAAGGUCCGCUGCUGAAGGUUGGUUGAUGUAUGUUGUGUGGGAGUGUGCGCGGGUUGCACAUCACGCUUUCCCAACAUCCUGUCGGAGGAAAAGUCGCGGGAUGAAGCGUCUUCUGGAAGAUGUUGUCUCCCCCGGUAGCGCGAGAUCUUGAAAGGUCGAUGCGCUGCUGCUAAAAGCUUCCAGAAUUUGCAAAAAAAAAAAAAAAAAAUGCGGUGAAAACCUGAUUGGCUGCUUCAAGGUGGGCCACACCUCGCGGGCCCCCGAAAACCGUGUUCGGUUGGUCCGUUCUUGGUCGCCAGCUGCUGUUCCGCUCAUUUGAAGUUGAUGAUCUGGGAAAUGAGAGAUUCUUGGACAUCCCUCGUGCAGUACUUGGUCCCGAUGUCUGCCAGCAUCGCACUCGAGGCCACCGCGUCCAGCUGGCAGCGCCCUUGCUGUGCCCACUCCCUGAGGCCUGCGUACCUAACGCUGAUGUGACGACUCCUCGCGCCAAAAUUGCCAUUGGAGGCCAGGGACAGCGCACUGCGAUUGUCGACCCAGCGCGUGCCGAUGACGGAGCAGCCGGCCGGAACGGAGGAAACGGGGAUGAGGUCGGCGACGUCGUGGUCGUCCAAGCUGGCUAGCUCCUUGAGCAUGGCCUGCUCCCACUCCGUUGAUUGCGGUUCCUGGUCGAUCGCCAGCUCUCCUGAUACGUCUUCGACGAUGGGCAGAACGGCAGGCGGCUUCUCAAUGAAGGUGACGCCCCAGCUUCGGAACGCAGAUGAACGGGAGGCGGAUGGAGCGCGGAUUGCCAUUUUGGUCGGUUACGGUGACCUUGAGAGCUCCUUUGGCGGUGCCGUGAAGCUGCCCUUGUCCGGCGACGUGGAUGAGGAGCGGGGGGUCGAUCUUGGUGUACUCGACCAUACGUUGUUCCAGUGCCGGAAUCAGCUCGUUGUCAAGGAAGUGGUUGGAGGCGCCGGUGUCGACGGUCAUGGUGAAGGUUUGCGCCGGGGCGGUGCUGUCGGCGAUGAAGGAGAAGCCAAUGCCCGCUGGAGGCGCCGGAGCUGAUGAAGCAGUAGUCGACCCGGGAGCAUGUUGUCCGGAUGGGCUGUAGUACUCCACCAUGGUUGUAGCAGAUGGAGUCGCGGACGUUUGUCCGUAGUUGGCUUGUGGUGCAUGAUUAAUGCGUUGGUGGUGCGGUCCACCUGGGGCGUUGCUGUUGUUGCCGUUAUAGCUGUGGCGGUCCUGCCCGCCUUGCCGAUCCCCAUUGCUGUACCGGUAUUCUUGGUUACGAUGACCUUGUUGGCGUUCAUGCUGCUGACGACCUCUUGCGCCGCCGCCGCCGUAGUUCCGGUUUUGUAGUAUACAUGUCGAAUUGUCAUGACGUGAAGUUUUGUGAAGAGUGCACCAGUCUCCUUUUCGACCGCCGGGAGCGUUGCCCGUUAGUCUCUUGUUGCGUUUCCAGCAGUGUUGGGUGAGAUGCCCUUUCUUGUGGCAGAAGCUGCAGGUCUUGGUAGUUGAAGCCACCAUGGCGGACGAGCGGCCCUUCGCAGCACGCGAAGACCCACUUGCCUCCUUGCGGUUGAUGUAGAGGUUGCGCAUGGUGUACAGGGCUUGUUCCAAAGUGAGGUCGUCCUUGGUCUCCGCUUCGUACUUGAUUCCAGAGUAAAGCUCCUCCGGUAGGCAGUCCAAAAUGAUGUUCAUGAACUGGUCGUCGGGGAUGGGACUCCCCAGCAGCUGUAGCUCAUCCCGCAGCUCGGUCAUGUCGUGCAUGAAGGCGUCCGGAUCCAUAUCCACGUCCAUGGUCAUGUUGUAGAGCUUCUUGAACAAGAUCUUCUGCCGCUGGCGAGAAGGGUUGCGAUAUUUCUUCACAAGAGCCUUCCACGCCACUAUCCCAUGAAACAUCAUGUCCGGUUUCGGUUUGAACGUAGCGACAAAUUUCUUUGCCGCACCGGUGGUGCACAUAGAGAGAAAUGCACCAAGCAUCGUGUUGGAGCUGUGCCACGCGAUGAUCUCGUCUCGGUUGAUGAUGGUCACAGGCAUUUCCCACAAAAUAGCAGCCGGAAGCUCUGUAGUAGUCGCGUAGGUGAACUGAACAGGAACAUCUGAAGGGGCGUCGGAGUUGUCGCCACCGUCUUCGUCGCCGCCGUCGAUUCCUGCUACUGCUGCAGCCGAUGCUGCAGCCGAUGCUGCCGCCGUUGCUGCUGCCUGCAACGCUGCAUCGCUCGCUGCUGCUGCCGCGCCAUUGUCGUCGUUGCCUGCUAGGAUGGCGGCUGAUGUUGCUGUCCGGGCUACCGUGGCGGCCGCCGUUGCGGCCGCGGCAUCCGCGGCUGCCUUGCUUUCAAGUACUGAUGUAGCUGCCGCACGGCGUCGCUCCCGUGAGAGGGAACGACCCCGCCGCACGGCUUGGUAUUUGGGUUCAGGGCAUUUUUGACCUUGGAUGAUCGAAAGAAUGCCUUGGCCGCGGAGUCUGAAACAAUCCAUCGCCUGCUCAUACCACUCGGUAAAUCCGCUGCCGCUAAAUUUGCCCGCGGACCGUAUCAUUUUGUCAACGAUAUCCGCUUGUUUUUGCUCGUCCAUCUUGAGUAGACGCUGCUGUAGACGCUGCGAUGAACUAGAUGACGUGGGUUGAAGUUACGCUCACGUACGUUGACGUGUCGAAUGUUGUACCCGUUCGCAAGGAAGCUAACAGUCCCGCGAAAGAAAAUGGGCUACCGCUCUACUUGGGUACCCGGGGUGCUUACGGCGAUAGAAGCCGAUGUCGUGGCGUACGUCUCGGAAGUACGUCCCGAUGUAGUGGCGAAGCUGCUGAAGAACUUGCCGAAAGACGGUGUGAUUAACUCGUCGUCCUGGUGUUCCGUCGAACCCAGGCGCUCUUCUUCUAGAAAAAACUCCGCAGAAAAAUGCGGAACGUUGAAAUCUCCCGCUGGAUCGGGUGGAUGAUGAGGGUAGCUUGUAGAUAGAGCGUGUAGAACGUGAAGUGGACGAUCCGUGAUGAAGCCGUGGAAGAACCGACGAACUCGAUGGAAGUCUUCACGUGCCGUCCCGAAGAAGAAAAUGCUGGCCAGCUGUUUCUUCGGAACUCGAUGCGGUGCGCCUGUUUCUUGGGCUGUACGCGACGCUGCUGAACAGUCGAUGCUGCUGCUGAUGCUCCCUCUUGCCGUGAAGUAACGAAGGCGAAUAACCUGU